AUACCACUGGUCAAGACGGGCCAGAUCGCCCUGCUGGUCUGCUCGGUCGUGUUUGCCAUCAUACCAACCAUUGCUGUUAUUUUGAGGUUGGCAGCACGGAGGAUCGCGAACCGGAAGCUGGACGCGGCAGACUACCUGAUCCUAUUCGCAUGGGUAUCGAGGAUGUAUUCCAUGGCCUGUUCGGAUGUAACGAGGCUGACGUGCAUUGUUAUUACAGAAACAUUAUAUGGCGGCUUCGGGUGGCACCGAUUAGACGUCGUCGCCGCAUUUGGCGAACAAGUCAUUGUCAAUUAUCACAUUAUCAGCAUGCCUCUCGAGAUCUUCUGGACCCUCAGCAUCAGCGUCUCCAAAAUGUCCCUCCUCCUCCUCUACGUCAAGGUCUUUCCCCUCUCCCGCCUCACCGUGGCCUCCAAAAUCACCUGCGCCUUUGUCGGCCUCCUCGCCCUCUCGGCCGUUCUGUGCACCCUCCUCAUCUGCCAGCCGAUCCAGCACAACUGGUACCUGGACAUACCGGGCCACUGCGGCAGCCAGAAGGCCGUCUUUGGCAUCUACGGUGUGCUGAAUCUUGUGACUGACCUGAUGGUCCUGGCCCUGCCCAUUCCCAGCCUGACCGGGCUGAAACUGCCUUUUCUCCGGAAGGCCGGGCUGGUGGCGACUUUUGCUGUGGGAUUCUUAACCUGUAUCGCCUCGGUCGUCCGCCUCGCCUUUCUCACCACAAUGGACUACGAGGACAUCACCUACAGCGGCGUCCCCUUCAUCCUCAUGUCCGUGGUCGAGCCCUCCCUGGCAGUCACCCUCGCCUGCGUGCCGCUGCUCCGCCCGCUCCUGGGCAAAGGCACCAGCCGCUACUCCUCCACCGGAACCCGCGAGAACAUCGCCCCGCUGUCCCCGCAGGCC